AUGGAACGCCGCGACGCUAUAUUAGUCGUCGUCACAAUUAGCGCUCUGAUAAUGGAGCCAACGUCCAAUCAGCAGGCCACCAGCGGUCUAGUCAACGACAUCGUCCCCUUUGUCAUAUUGGGCGGUGAAGGAGAAGCAACGAACAGAAAUCCCAAACGGGAUUGCUAUCAAGGGAAUGCCGAGCAGGCUGAAUCAAAAGGACAUGAGGGGGGUCAUUGCUGA